GGGAAGGCAGCGGGCGCUGCCCGCAGUCACGGCGCGCCCCGAAGAGGGUCCGCACGGCGUUUCCCCCCCACCCCGCCGCCGCCGAUAAAUCCCAGUGCCGAGAGGCAGCGCAGCACUUGGUGGCUGCCGCGCUGCGGGGAGGCGACGGAGCUCGUAUCGCCCCACGCACCCCCUCCCCGGGGUGGCGACCCCCGCCCAGGGGCAGCAGGAGCCGCUACCGCCUGAGCCCAGACAAGAGCGUUAGUAAUUUUAACUUUGAUUGAGAACUGCUAUUAUCUACUCACAGCAUGUGGGAGCAAACAGGCACUUGGAUAAAUCACAAAAAAAGAAAACCACUUAGCAUGCUGCUUCCCUCAAAAACACUUUCUGAAGGUAUAAAGCUGAGUGCUGCAGGGAGAGCAUGUGUGAAGAGAGAAGCAAGGCUACAACAGCCCAGGAAGCAUGCUCAAGGUCAGCCUCUCUCACAGAAGACUGGGAGGUCACGUUUGAUUUAGAAGAAAUCGCAAAGAUGAUUUUCCUGAGUGACAUAACUGCAGCCAUUAGCAAACUUAUCCAAGAGCAAUCAUCCAUUAAAGGCACUCAGCACUGGGGUGUAUUUACCACCCUUCAGCACUGGAUGAAGCAGGCAGUGACUCCACCAGCAUGAGUAUGCCAGAGGUCUUCUUCUCUGCAACCAGUUCUGCUCCAGCAGAUUGCUAGGUGAGAAGUAAAUCAGACCGAUUUGAAACAUGGAGUACUUCUCACAUGGUCAUUGAAAAGAAUAAGACUUGCUGGACAGUCUCCACAAAACCUCAACACUCUUUUGGACUGGCAUUUCCUACCAAGUGUGUCAGCAAUGUCAGCAUGAGAAAAGACAACUAGGAGUAAGGGCUACAGCUGCUCCUUUAACACUGUUGGGACAGCCUCCAGAGUACAUUUCAGCUCCUACUGAAACUGACUGGAUAUAUCUUCUAUGCCAGUGCCCUUGCAAAGGACCAAAACCUUUUGGAGGAUGUUUGGAAUUUCAUCUGGGCUGUGUAGAAUCCAGCAAUAAAUUAUUCCAAUAUGAAGGUCUAAUACAGUUAAUAGAUCCUAUAAAACUGUCUACUGUGUUUCAUCAUAUUUAAUUUGCUGCAACAACUGCAGACAUCCAAGCUGUUUCAGCUUCCCUUUUAUAAUCAUCGGGUGCCCUGAGAGAAGCUCUCCCAGCUGAGGAGUCCCUGUGUCACCAGCAUCUCUGCAUAGACAGGCGGUGCAAUGCCUCCAGAGCAUUCAGCUGCUUCUCAUCCUCCAGCAUAUCCCAAGUGAAGCAUCUUCUCCACCACUGUGGGGAGAGACGCAAAGGGCCCUGUGGCCCAGUCAUCCCACAAAGAGUGGGCAAGGAGGAGGGCAAUGCCAGCCUCUGGCCACCUGUAGCUGCAAUCUCUUCUGGAGUUUGGGAUUGCCCAGGCUGCACAGCAGGAAAACAAUGAACAGGAGGAAACCUGGAAGCUUUUCGCUGCUCUGUUGAAUAUGGGAUUAUAAAAAAAAAUUGCACCUGGGACAUCUCUCUAAAUGGACGACUUCUGAACCUGCAACCCUUCAUUACCUGAAGCAGCACCUUCUUGCAUCCUGGAGGAGAAAAUGAAUUUCACAAAUUGCACCACUGAAGCCAGUGGGGCUGCAAAGCCAAAAACAGUAACUGAAAAGAUGCUUGUUACCCUGACCUUGGCCACAAUCACAACCUUGACUAUGCUGCUGAAUUCUGCUGUAAUUGCAGCAAUCUCCACAACCAAGAAGCUCCACCAGCCGGCAAAUUAUCUCAUAUGUUCACUAGCUGUGACAGAUCUCCUUGUUGCUGUUCUCGUCAUGCCCUUGAGCAUCACUUACAUAAUGAUAGAUAAAUGGACUUUGGGAUACUUCAUCUGUGAGAUCUGGCUUAGCGUCGACAUGACCUGUUGCACAUGUUCAAUCCUUCACCUGUGUGUCAUUGCAUUGGACAGGUACUGGGCAAUCACAGAUGCUAUCGAAUAUGCCAGGAAAAGAACGGCAAAAAGGGCUGGGCUGAUGAUAGUCACCGUGUGGGCUAUCUCCAUUUUCAUAUCAAUGCCCCCUUUGUUUUGGAGAAAUCACCACAGCAUCAGUAUUCCCAGCGAGUGUCGCAUUCAGCACGAUCAUGUAAUCUACACUAUUUAUUCCACAUUUGGGGCAUUUUACAUACCCUUGACUUUGAUCCUGAUCCUGUACUAUAGAAUUUACCAUGCUGCAAAGAGCCUUUACCAAAAGCGGGGUUCAAGCCGCCACCUCAGCAACAGGAGCACAGACAGCCAAAACUCUUUUGCCAGCUGCAAGCUCACACAGACAUUCUGCGUCUCGGACUUUUCCACGUCUGACCCGACCACAGAGUUUGAUAAAAUCAACUCAUCCGUGAGGAUCCCACCUUUCGAGAAUGACUUGGACCUGGCUGGCGACCGGCAGCAGAUCUCCACGACACGGGAACGAAAAGCGGCUCGCAUUUUGGGGCUGAUUUUAGGUGCUUUCAUUUUGUCCUGGUUGCCCUUUUUCAUCAAGGAACUGCUUGUGGGCCUCCACAUUUGCACUGUCUCUCCAGAAGUAGCGGACUUCUUGACUUGGCUUGGAUAUGUCAACUCCCUCAUCAACCCUUUGCUGUACACAAGCUUCAACGAGGAUUUCAAGCUGGCCUUUAGAAAGCUUAUCAGGUGUCGUGAACAUACAUAAAAAUACUGGGAGAUGAUGAUGCUGACAUGACUCCUAGCCUUAAAAUUGAGCAAAAUAAUUUGACUUUGUCACCAUUUCCCUUGAUAAAAGGAAUUUUUGUGUUUGCCUAUUUGCUUGACUUAUUGUCAGCCUGUAAUUCGUUAUGCUGUUUUUUUAAUCUCUAGUGUUAUUCAUGGUAAAGGGUUUGAAAUACAUUUAUUCUACAAAGGAAAAGAUUUUUUAGAAAUGAAACAACAAAAGAGGUAUUAUUACUAUUAGAUACUGAUGUUUAAGACAUUUUUUGUAAUCAAUGAUUCAAGAAGGAAACAACAAUAUUCACUUUUAUACUUUUUCCAUUUAAGAAUCCAACAUCUAAAUUGUCAUGCACUGUAUAAACUGAACCCCAUAAAUACAUAUGCAAAAAUAAAUAAACACUUCAUGGUCAUGACAGCUAAACAACAAAUCUUUACUUUAAAUGUCAUUCAGUAACAGCCACUUAGAAGGAAAAUUACCACCAUUUCCACUUUGGGCUGAAGCAGAAUAAACUAUUCCUUUCUUCAGGAAUACACUCCCAAAACAGAAAGCAAAAUUCAGUUCAUUGCAUCUGAAAAUUAAUCUCAUUUUUAUUCCAAAGCAAUUAUUUAGGUGACUCUCUUCAUAUAAUAUUCCAGAUUUAUCUUUAAAGAGUUGGGCAGACACCUGUGCAGUUUGUUUGGGAAUUGAGAGGAUGCAGCUAGCAAGUGUCACACUUGUGAAACUAAUUGCACAUCUGACUGGUCACGUGUUUAAUACCACUAUCCUUAUUUCUUCGGGCCUUGCAUUUUGGUCGGUUCUGGAGUGAUAUUAUUCACUUGUGUCACACUUCACCUGGGCCUUGUAGUGAACAACCCCAUGUAUUGAUUGAUCUUACCACACUGACUUAAGCAACUGGAAAUCUUUUCUAGCUAACAUUAAUACCUAAAAAGAGGGAAAAAUUAAUCUCAGUCACCGAAAAUGUUUUUUAGCGAGGAAGCACAGAGAUCCUGUAUUGUUUUUCCUUUUUGCAGCUUGUUGGAGGUGGAAACUGUUGAUUGAAACUGGGGAAGUGUGUUCUUAUCCUGCCUAUCUAUAAAGCUUCCAAAGCAGCUCCCCAGAGUACCUAUGCUGUUAAGGAAAAAAAAGUAGCGUGGAAUUAAAAUAAAAUGAAGUAUUGUUAAGAAGUGCUGCAGAAUAAUUUUAUUUUUUCUUUCAGCAAGCUCAAUGGAAAUGAUUAUCAAAGAAAAGGAUUGGGCAUAAUUUCCUGAAACAAGGUGAAUAUGACAG